AUGACGGGGAUGUUGGGUACGGCGUUUUUCCCGGAUGAAACGCUGCAGAGUAUGGAUGAGAACACCGCAGUGUACUGCGCCUCAAAUGGCAAGGCGGGCUUGAGUCUCACUCGUGAUUUGUUGACUACGCUACAAAAUGCAGCGAGUGAUGGGGCACCGGAGUCGCUGCGCUUUCGCGUCGAUGGCUCGAAUGCCUGCGGUGGUCGCUCCACAGCUUUGGAAGUGCUACAGUUAUGCUGCAUGCGGUGGUGGGAAUGCCGGUCAGAGGUGGAGGAGGAGUUUCUGCAGGUGUGCUACUCUCUCCGCACAAUUGGGGCGCUGACGGGGCCUGAAAUUGGGAUCGCGCCAACCGUCAAAUUUCUGGCAGACCUCUUUGCUGGUGUCCCGGGCACGGUGGGUGGAAGGCGCUUGGCGGAAGCGCUGCACGUGGAGAGAAGCUGGCUGUCUCUUGCUGACUUAACUGGGUUGCCGUUGGCACAACAGCGAAAAGGAGGCGCGCCCCAACUCCUGCCGGGCAUGUCUCUCCUGGAACGGACCCUGGGCUCUUUUCGCGUAGUGACAGAUGAGAUUUUGCCCAGUUACCUCUACUGCACGAUUCAGCCAUUGUUUUGUGCGAUGAUGCCCUCUUGGUUGCUCAAUGGCAUUUUUGCCGACACGCAGCUGCAGCUCAUUGGCACAGAGGAAGGGAUAAAAAUUGCGAAGCAGCGGCUCGACUUGCAUGUGUCAUCGCUGCGGUUUCUCCUCGAGUUGGCGGAGGACUACGUUGGCCGUGACGACACCGCAACGGCGUUGGAACAGAAAAAGUCUCUAGAAGAAAUGCUCUUGUGGCUGACAGCCAUGCAGUCUACAUUCACCGAAGAUUGGCUCCUUGAACAAGUGACCAGUGAGUGGCCAAGCGUCAUGGGGGAAGCGCGAAACAUUAUCGCCGGCGCAGACAGCACCUCGUUGGGUGUUCCACCGGAGCAAAUCAUGGAGGCCUUUGCGAAACUGUUCCAGCUACCGCCCCAUCGCGUGACGGAUCACAUUGUGCACUGCUUUGAGCUGCCCCUGACAUCCGUCUCACGCGACGAUGAGGUGGGGAGGAAGAUGGGGGAGGAUGAGGUGCCAACGGUUGUCGCAGCCGUUGGCGUCUCCUUCGACGGCAUGUCGCUUGGGGAGGUGGAGUACCUACUGCAGCCAUCUGACGCGGAUGAGGCAUCACCGAUACAGACAGGGGGGGAAUCGGUUUCGGCACGAAUUUACACCUAUUUUUAUCGUCGGUUUAAACUAUUGCUACGUGCGUGCUGCCUCCAAGAAGCCCAGGUUGUAGUGAUGCUAUGGCCAUUUUUCGACCUGCAAGCAUCCCCGUUUCUUCGUUCUGUGCCUCCAGCACGGCUGGCAACGAUGCUGCGGUGCCACAGUUACGCUUUCUUUGACGCGUUGGUGGUAGAACCAUGGGGAAUUACGGCAGCACUGGUACUAGGCGGCGGUUGGGUACGUGCGACACGAGCUCACUUUGUGCAAUGGCUCUCGGAGAGACGCGGUGAAAGGGGGCAGUUGCCCAUCGUCAUCUUCAAACAGCUUUGGAAGGAAAACGGUAAUAGUAAUGCGACUAACAGCGCUCAGCAGGCGUUGUGCAUUCCGCUGCUCCAGCGCAUUGUCACCGGCAGCUGUAGCACUUUGGUGAACACAAAAGUGGCAGUUCUUGUCCCGGCCGGAAGCGCAACUGUUCUCUCCCGGCGAUACAGUGUAUUUCCGCUGCUGCGGCACCCACCGUUUCCUGGGGAAAAUGGAACAAUUGAUGAAAUACUAGGCGAGGGUACUCCCAUGAAUAAUUGUACGAUGGUAGACUCGGCGAGUCGCCCUUUACUUGCGGCACUGCUACAAGGCACUCCGAUGCCAGUGCUUUCGUAUUCUGUAUGUGGUCCCGUACCGAUUCCGUACGUCUGUGACGAUUUCAACUAG